AUGGAAGGAGAAGAGUUGCUUAGCUCUCAGUUUCCUCCUGGGUUUCGUUUCCAUCCCACAGAUCAAGAGCUGAUCACGCAAUACUUGUGGAAGAAGGUCACAGCUUCUUUACCUGCAGAUUGGGCUAUCAUUGCUGACAUCGAUCUGUACAAGUAUAAUCCAUGGGACCUGCCUGAGAAGGCACUGUUUGGUCAAGGAGAAUGGUUCUUCUUCAGCCCACGUGAACGCAAGUAUCCUAAUGGCGUUAGGCCAAAUAGAGCAGCUGCGUCUGGCUAUUGGAAGGCUACUGGUACAGACAAGCCCAUAUUGUCUGCAGGUGGAGUGCAAUGCAUUGGCGUCAAGAAAGCUCUGGUCUUUUAUAAGGGCAGACCUCCUAAGGGCACCAAGACUGAUUGGGUCAUGCAAGAGUAUCGUCUUCUUGACUCCAUGGCUCCAACACAAACUCAGAAGCAGAAGAGCUCCAUGAGAUUGGAUGAUUGGGUUCUAUGUCGAGUUCGAAUGAAGGGAAACUCAGUGGGAGAAAAUGAUGAGAUGCCCAUGGAAAGUCCGAACAUUAAAAGUGUUCAGGAGAAGCAUAUGCCGGGGAAAGAGAAGAGUAGCUCUAAUGAUUGGGGGGAUCACUUAAGCUAUCUUUUGGAAUCCCCUACAGAGGGAAAGGAGGCUAGUGGAGAAGGUUCAAGCCAAGGGUUCGUAUGGUCUUCUGAGCAUCUGGGUUGUGUCAAUUAUGCUGAGUUGGAUGAUUGGGUUCUAUGUCGAGUUCGAAUGAAGGGAAACUCGGUGGGAGAAAACGAUGAGAUGCUCAUGGAAAGUCCGAACGUUAAAAGUGUUCUGGAGAAGCAUAUGCCGGGGAAAGAGAAGAGUAGCUCUAAUGAUUGGGGGGAUCACUUAAGCUAUCUUUUGGAAUCCCCUACAGAGGGAAAAGAGGCUAGUGGAGAAGGUUCAAGCCAAGGGUUCGUAUGGUCUUCUGAGCAUCUGGGUUGUGUCAAUUAUGCUGAGGCACAACAAAAUCAAUCCCAUCAGCAACAACACCAUCAACAACAACAGCAGCAACAACAACAUUCUAACAAGCAAUUGCAAUGUUCAGGCGAUGGAUGGUUUUCACAAAAUGAGUUAGGCUCCUCUGAUCAAGGAUGUUUCACUAACUUCUUCUCAAAUCAAUGA